UGUUAAACACGAUACUGUUGCAUUGUUUCUAUAUAAUAAAUCAAUAUUCAGUAGCAGAUUUAUAACUUUACACCAAAUACCAAAAAGGAUGAUCCUUUCUGCAAUUCUGGUUCUGUGUUGUAUUUCUAUGACCGCGUCAAACUCGUGUGAUAUAUCCAAAGAGAAAUCAAUGAUAUCCAGCUUGCUUCAGUCCAUAGAAAAAAAGAUGAAAGAAUGCAGUUCAAAUGAGAAUUGUCCACCCGGUUGGAAAAAAUACAAGGAUCACUGUUACUUUUUUUCACCUGAUGGUAAAAAUUGGCAGGAUGCUGUAAAACAAUGUAAAAAUAUGGGAGGUUACCUAGUGAAAAUUACAGACUCAGCAGAAAACUCGUGGGUUGUUGACAUGCUUACUAAAUCGGUUAAACACAAAUGGGGUUAUUGGAUGGGAUCGUCAGACUUGAAGAAAGAAGGAGACUGGAGAUGGGUUCAAGACUCGUCUAAGGUUCGUUUUUCUCAGUGGCUUCCAGGCCAACCAGACAAUUAUGUAAACAAUGAAGACUGUGGUCAUUUUUGGUCAGCCUAUCAGUAUCGAUGGAAUGAUAUUCUAUGCAGUGUUGAUGAAAUGGGGUACAUCUGUGAGAGUUCAUAUGGACCCAACUGCCGUCCGAACAAAGGAUGAGAUAGACAAGCAGCCAGUGGAAGCUAGAUUAUUUUGUUUGUUUCAUUAAAAACAUCUAAUCCGAA